AUGUCAUCCAAACCAUCCAUCACAAGUCUCGAGAUCCACGAAAAGUCAGAGCCGCAACGCCCGCAACGCGGCUGCAAGCCGAACCCGAGGUCCAAAAUCUGCGGGCUCGUCCCGCUGUGGCUCCUCGCGUGCGCGCUCCUCUUGGUCGUCGUGAUCGCCAUCGUGGUGCCCAUCGCCGUGGUCUUCAGCUCGAGCAAGAAGGGGACGCCCCGGUCCGAGGUGUUGGUACCGCUCUACGUGUAUCCGAGUCCCGGGGCCUGGGACCCGCUGUAUCAAGCAGCCGAGCGCCAUCCGCACCUGAACUUCACCGCCGUCAUCAACCCGGCGUCGGGCCCCGGCUCUGGUCCCGAGCCAGAUGGGAACUACACGCGGGGUAUCUCGAAGCUCAAUUCGUACGCCAACGUCCGGACCGUGGGCUACGUGUCCACGAGCUGGACGAACCGGAACAUCUCUCUCGCGCUGGCGGAUAUCAAGACGUACUCGAACUGGGCGACGGAUGCCUCGGUUCCGGAUCUGGGUGUAAGGGGUAUCUUCCUGGAUGAGGGGCCGACGGUGUGGACGGCCGAGAGCCAGGCGUACCUGGAGGAAGUUGCGGGUGUCAUUUGGGGCGAUGAGAAUUUCGGCAAGGGACCCUUGAUAAUCCAAAACCCAGGCGUAAUUCCAGACCAACGAUUCAUGCCCUCUUGCAAUCUCUCCAUCGUGUUUGAAGAAACCUACGAGAGCUACCAGACCCGCGGAAUCGACCAGGCCAUCACGGCGUUCCAAGCUCUAUCCAAGUCCGAUCGAACCAACAUGGCUGUGGUGAUGCAUAGCCUUCCUGCUACCAUUUCCGCCAAAGAACAGGCAACGCUCGUCAAAGGCCUGAGACAGGUGGCUGGGAGUAUUUUCCUGACUGGCUUGUCGGUGGACUACUAUUCCAGCUUUUGGGAUGGAUGGGGCGGUUUUGUAGAUGAUGUGGUUGCGAAGUAA